AUGGUCUUGGGAAACCACAGCACCAUCACAGAAUUCAUCCUCCUUGGGCUAUCUGCUGACCCUCACACCCAAAUUCUCCUCUUUGCAUUUUUCCUGGAAAUUUACCUCCUGACCAUCAUGGGGAACCUGAUGAUGAUGAUGGCGAUUAUGACUGAUUCCCAUCUCCACACCCCCAUGUACUUCUUCUUGAGUCACCUCUCCUUCCUGGAUCUUUGUUUAACUUCAGUCACUGUGCCCAAGAUGCUGGAGAAUCUCCUGUCUCAGAAGAAAUCAGUAUCCAUAGAAAGCUGCCUCGCUCAGGCAUUUUUUGUGUUUUCCAUCGCAGGGACUGAAGCUUUUGUGCUCUCUGCCAUGGCCUAUGACCGCUAUACUGCCAUCUGCAACCCCCUGCUCUAUGACCAGGUGAUGAGUAAACAGUUGUGUGGGGGUCUGGUAUGGGUCUCAUGGGGACUGGGCUUUCUGGAUGCUCUCAUUAACACCCUCAUGGCUUGCAAUUUGGACUUCUGUGGGACUCAUGUCAUGCCUCACUUCAGCUGUGAACUGCCAUCUCUAUUCUCUCUGUCUUGCUCUGAUAUCUCCACCAACUUUGCAGUUCUGGUGUGCUCUGCCAUCAUUCAUGCCUCUGGAACCUUACUCCUGGUCUUCUUCUCUUACACCCGUAUUAUCUCCACCAUCCUGAGCAUCACCUCCACCUCAGGCAGAAGCAAGGCUUUCUCCACCUGCUCCUCCCACCUCACUGCAGUGAGUUUCUUCUAUGGAUCUGCUUUUCUUCGCUAUCUCAUGCCAACCUUAAGUUCCCCACUGGAGUUAAUUUUUUCCAUACAGUACAGUGUGGUCACUCCUCUAGUGAAUCCCCUUGUCUACAGCUUGAAGAACAAGGAAGUAAAAGCAGCUCUGAAAAGAAUGUUGCAAAAAGGUUUACAACAGCUCAGAGAGCAGAGAACAGGUAGAUUUGAAGGCUGAAACAGAAAAGGUACCAGAUGAACCUGAAGCAUCUAGUAGCAACAGAAAGGAAGCACUCAACAACAACAACAACAACAACAAUAACAACAAAACCCACAAUGAUAAGGGUAUGUUAAAGGGACACAGGAACCAAAUGAAAGAGAC